AACGUCAUCAUAAAGCGACAACAUAUGACUUCUUAUGGUAAUAUUGAUAAUAACGCUCAACAUUUAUUUUUUGAUGCUAUGAUGUGAUUUGGUAAAUUAUGCGAACUAAUUUUACAUGCAAAUUUUAUCCUAAAGCAACUUAAAAAAUAAAAAGUCGCAGGAAGUCGUUUCUCCGUUUGUAAACACAUGGCUCGUUGUCGCGUCUGAAACUCAAUUAUGCCAAAACUCCUCGAUAUAAAGUUUCCAGGGGAAUGUAAGACUCUUCCCGAGGGCUUUUGGUCAGCCGUAGACGUGUGGAUAAAGAAACCUCACGUUGUAAACAAGCGUCUUUGCGGAAGUAGAGAGACGGAGAGUGAAGAUGUGGGUAGAGAGGCUCUGCCUUUCCUGCUGGAUGAUCCUGAACUCUCUCAGGAUGUGUUGUCCUUCCUGACCAGCGGCCCUUCACCGGCACAGACCCACGACAAGGAAAAACCCUGGUCUUCCAGUGUCAGAACAAUUAUCCCGAAAGUAAACUCUUACGGGACAACCCGGCAUAAAGAGGUUAUACUCAAAGACUUUGGCAGACAACAAGUCACGUUUCUUCCAUUUGAAGAGGAUUCAGAAGGGCAGGUGUCUCUAAAGAGAGGCAACAUUUAUCAGUUUCAGCUGCUCCAUCAGGACCGUGAGGGAUGGGCCUUGGAGCUGCGUGCGCUGACUCCAGAUGCGUGGUUCUCUGAUGGCGUGGCGUACCCAAAGCUGCCCUGGCUCUCCACUGAUCUGCUACCCAAGCUGGUGCGCUGGGCUGCCGAGUGCAAGAGCAGCGAGUUCAGGAGCACCUUGUCUCUGCUGCCGGUGGAGAAGUACAGCCUCAUGUACCAGCAGCUGAAGGAGAAGUACAAGGCCAUGGUGAAGGUUUGGCCUGAGGUUACAGAUCCUGAGAAGUUUGUCUAUGAGGAUGUUGCCAUUGCUACGUAUCUCCUUGUGCUGUGGGCUGAGGAGCGAGCAGAGAAAGGUCUCACCGCCAGACAGUCCUUUGUGGACCUGGGCUGUGGAAACGGCCUCCUGGUUCACAUUCUGGCCAAUGAAGGGCAUCCUGGAAAAGGCAUCGAUGUUCGGAAGAGGAAGAUCUGGGAGAUGUACGGCCCCCAGACUCUGCUAGAGGAAAACGCAAUUACCCCCAGUGAGAGCUUCUUAUUCCCGGGUACGGACUGGCUGAUUGGGAACCACUCAGACGAGCUCACACCGUGGAUCCCCGUUAUAGCAGCCAGGUCUUCUUACUCCUGCCGGUACUUUGUCCUCCCCUGUUGUUUCUUUGACUUCUAUGGAAAAUACCAGCGGCGGCAGUGUAAGAAGUCUCAGUAUAAGGAAUACAUCGACUUCAUCACUGAGGUCAGUCAAAUCAGUGGCUUCAACACAGAAGAGGACUGCCUGAGAAUACCAUCCACCAAACGGGUGUGUCUGGUGGGGAAGUCAAGAAACUACCAGCUAUCUGAUGAGGCCGAGGCUGAGCAGCAAAGAGCUCAUUACAUCCAGGGCCGCCAGACCGUCUCUGGGGUCACAGUUCAAGAAUCAGAUGUCAGAAAUGACGUAGACUGUUGCCCUGGGAACAAAGGAAUUGACAGGACCCUCGGGAGCAGCUGGGGAGCCGGGUUCCAGCCCAGAGACAGGGUUGAAACGGUUCGAAACUGUGCUGCUCUCCCGCGGGACUUUGUUGACGGUAUUGUCCUGCGGGUGGCUAAUUUUCUUCUAGGAAUGACUGAGGAUGACGGCGGGGGGUCGUCCUGUGGCUGGAACCAAGGAGGCAGCCUCUCCGUGAGCGAGGUCGCCGGGCUGUUGGAGCAGGAAACCCUGCAGCUCCUGAAGAAGGAAUGUGGAGGCCUUCAGACGUUGCUCAAGAACAACCACCAAGUCUUUAGAGUGGAGGGAGGGCGGGUGUACAUAAGAGACUGGCGGGACAGGAAGUCCUCCAGAGUGGAUACCAAGAGGAAGCCCGUUGCCCCUGGUGCCCUGAAAACUCGUCCUUGCUGGUUUCACGACCACCACCCUCAGCGCUGCCCCCUGCAGGCUGAACACUGCGCCUUCGCACACGGACCUGAUGACCUACGACCCUCAACCAGACCUCUGAAGUGGAUAAAAAACGAUGCCUUUCUUUAACUGAACUCAUUUAUUUCUUUGUUUUUUUUAAAUUGAGGAAUAACUUUUCUAAUUAACUGUAUUCACUCUGUCCAUCAAUGGUUGAACCUGCUGUAAAAAGUCCCCACGUCCAGCCGUGCAGCCACAAUGAGGAAGAAGCUCAGGUCCAAGCAGUUUUAUUGAUGUGGAGUUGCAUCAUUUCAGGGGAUUGAGGUCUUGACAGUAUCCCCUCUCUUUUCUGUGCGAUGUUUCGUAGUGCAGUUUUAAGCUUAUCUGUUGGAUCUCUGGGUCAUGUUGACUGCUGAACUUUAAUUUCAAAGGAUUAUUUAGUCUUUCUUCUUGUUUUAAGAAGUGGACUUUUGUAAAGCUCAGAAAACUGCAUACUUACUGUAUAUUAAAGUGUAUUUAAAGCUA